CGGCCACAGAAAGCUCAGUGCGAGAAAUUUGUGGCAGCUUUGCACCAUGGCAAUGAGAGCUAUCGCCUUGCUGGCCAUAGUCGGCGCAGUCGGCAUGGGCCUGGUGGCCGGCGAAGGUCUCCGCCUGCCCGACCAGCAGUCUUCGAACAACAUCCAGCAGGUGUAUGCGCCGCAGCCGCAACUACAGCCUCAACAAAUCCAGCAACAGACACAGACGCUGCAGUUCCAGCAGCAGCAGUCGCAGACUGGUCCAGUCGGAGUGGGUGAGGAGCGUGGUCGCUCUUCCAUUUUGAGCAUCUUUGGUCUGGGAGGCAACGACAACGAUCCGUAUCUGGCACGCACCAACAGCAACUGUUUGGGCGGCGAUCUCUCCGAGUGCUUCAAGACCCAAGCCCUCAAUACGUUCGAUGAGAUUUUCUACAGAGAUCAGUACCGCCUCUCGGACUUUGCUCGCGUCGUGCGUCUGCCUGAGACCCAGCAGCGUUCCCUGCUGCAGGAGCCCUUCGAGUACUCCGAGGAGCCGCGUGGCGAGGAUGACGACUGGAAUUUGCUGGUGAAAUUCGCCCUCCGUCGGGCCGAACGAUUCAUCAAGUCCACGGCGCUGGAGGUUGAGUGGCCCGAGGAGCUGACCGAGGCUGGCCGCUACGAGGCCCGCUUCAUUGGCAACGACAUUGAUGAUGAACUGGAUGUCGUUGAGAACAAGCGCGCGGGUGCCUUCUCCCGCAAGAAGCUGAAGAAGAUGAUUAUUCCCCUGCUGUUGGUGCUGAAGAUCUUCAAGCUGAAGCUGCUCCUUUUCCUGCCCUUCAUUCUGGGCAUUGCUGGUCUGAAGAAGAUCCUCGGUCUCGCUGCCAUCAUCCUGCCCGGCCUCUUCGCAUACUUCAAACUUUGCCGACCACCAGGCGGAGUUGGCGGUGGUUUCGGCGGCGGCCUGUCCGGCCUCUUCGGCAGCAAGAACACUUUCCCCGAAUACACGCCACAGGGAGUCGGUGCGGCCACGUACUACCAUCACCAUGAGCACUUCGAGGGGGGCGGCCACGGAGCACCUGGAUCCUUCCCCUAUCGCCAGGAGCCCAGUUUCGCCAAGCCCUACACUGACUACUACAGCAAGAGCUACCAGGGCCAGCAGCAGCAGCAGCAGGUGGGCGGCAACUCCGUCAGCUUCGGCGAUCCGCAGGAGGCGGCCUACAAUGGCUACUACGGCCGCAACACCGGCAAGGACAUUGCCGCCGAGCCCCAACAGCAGCAGCCACAGAAGAGCUAAAUGUGGAUCCGAGCACUGUCCACAUGUUGUUAUUUAUUUGGCCCUCGGCCUUGUUGCAUUCCUAUAAGAAUAUUUA